UUUUUUUAUCUGUCAGUGUUCCCAAUUUGAUUUAUAUUUUAUACGUUGUCGUGAUAUUUUGAAGAGAGCAGAACGCCGAGAUCGCCUUAGACAUAAAUGAAUAUAAGACAAGCCAGGUGUAUUCAAGAUGUGGUGAAAAAGCUUUAGAAAAUGUUGAACCCAGCUUUGGCAUCCGGCUGCACAGUGUGCUUAAGUGUCAAUCUUGUAGUACACUAUGGCAACGCGAUGUCAACGCUAGCAGAAACAUCCAUGGCAUCGUUAUGUCGUCCAUUCUUGGUGCUGGUCGCCCUGAAGUCUUCUGUCAUCCUGUCACUCCUUCCGAAUACUGAAAAUGCGUUGAUGUUUACGGUUUUUUGGAAAAAACUGUAUCAUGUAGUCGCAAUUUCCAAACUAAAAUAUCUGUUGUCUUUUUUUUUUUUGAAUAAAAAUAUAUAUUUUUAUUAUGAUAUAAAGAGGGAGGGCAAGAUAUAAACGGGAAGAAUGAAUAAAAUAAAGAUAAGUGAUGAUAAAUGGAGAUAAGAGAGGGAGAAAGGCUAUUCUUGGGAUUCUUCUUCAGGUUUUGACUUGUCGGUCUUGUCGCUUUCUAUAAAAUAUAAAACAAAUUAGAUCAUAAAA